AUGUCUUCUGAUACUGCCAAAGAAAAUGCAUCUGUUGUUGAUUCUUCUUUGACUGAUUGGAAGCAAGAUUUAGGUAACUCUGAUGAUCCAGAGAGUUCAAGUUACAGAAGCAAGGAGGACCAUAAACUGUCCAAGGCGGAAGUUGAACGAGGUAACUUUCCUGAUCAGCUUGAAACUUCGAACGCGAAUAAGAAUAAUAAACCGGGGUAUCAAACGAGAUAUUUCAUCAUCAAAAGUCUGAAUUAUGAGAAUAUUCAACUUUCGGUUGAGAGAGGGAUUUGGGCUACUCAAGUAAUGAAUGAGCCAAUAUUGGAAGGUGCUUUUCAUAAUUCUGGUCGAGUGGUUUUAAUAUUCAGUGUGAACAUGAGCGGAUUCUUCCAAGGGUAUGCACAGAUGUUGUCUCCUGUGGGUUGGAGGCGAGACCAUAUAUGGAGUCAAGGAGGUGGUAAGAACAAUCCUUGGGGACGUAGUUUUAAAGUAAAAUGGUUGCGGUUGAGUGAAUUGCCUUUUCAAAAAACACUUCAUCUCAAGAAUCCUCUGAAUGAUUACAAGCCUGUCAAGAUUAGCCGAGAUUGCCAGGAAUUGCCAGAAGAUAUCGGUGAAGCACUCUGUGAGCUCCUUGAUGCUAAUAGCUGUGAUGACGGGUUAUUGAACAGCUCUUCUAGGGAUGAUUACUCAACGAAAAGGCCUCCCGUAGAACUUCCAUCUUCCUCGGGAGACGAAGAAUAUAAUAACAAUCUUUGGGGCCAUACACCGAUGCAUUACCCUCCUUCGCUCUACCCAAAUCAGGAUGACCUCAGUAGAUUCCAUCAUGCACAACAUAGAGGAUAUGGAGGAGCCACGGAAUAUCUCCAUACAUCAUCAGGUGUAUCUAACUCUCGCAUGGAGCAAGAAAAGCCUUUACGAUUCAACUCAUGGGGAUUGCCUUCGGAUAGCCCGCUCGCGAGUACCCUGACUGAUGAUGAUUUUCUUAACAUGUCUUAUGAAGAAUACCUUGAAACACACAGCAGAUGCAUGAAACAACUUGGUCUUCCUGUGAUUCCACAAUCACGAGCCACACAAGAGCCAUCAAGUAAAGCAGAUGAUGUGUAA